ACACCAGCAACAUACCCCAUCCCCUUCCCGAUCACCCUCCCCCUCUCCGGCCCAAUCCCCCUCUCCUGCCCAAUCCCCCUCUCCUGCCACCUCACCCUCUCCUGCCACCUCACCCUCUCCUGCCCAAUCCCCCUCUCCGCCAACCUCACCCUCUCCAGCCACCUCACCCUCUCCUGCCACCUCACCCUCUCCUGCCCAAUCCCCCUCUCCGCCAACCUCACCCUCUCCAGCCACCUCACCCUCUCCUGCCACCUCACCCUCUCCUGCCCAAUCACCCUCUCCGCCAACCUCACCCUCUCCAGCCACCUCACCCUCUCAUGCCACCUCACCCUCUCCUGCCCAAUCCCCCUCUCUGCCAACCUCACCCUCUCCAGCCACCUCACCCUCUCCUGCCCAAUCCCCCUCUCCGCCAACCUCACCCUCUCCAGCCACCUCUGCAUCAUUUUCCAAAACCCCCUCUCCAGCCCAAGCCCACUCUCUUUCCCAAUCCCCCUCUCCAGCCCACACCCCCUCUCCAGACCAAUCCCACUCUCUUACCAAAUUUCCCUCUCUGCCCCCCUCCCCCUCUGUGUCCCAAAAAAACACAUCACCACCCUCACCCUAUCAUUCCCAAACACCCUCUGAAAGUACCUCCCCCUUCCAUCCUCUCACCCAAUUGGACCCUCCUUCCCCCAUCCUGCCUUCUUCCCCCAUCCAGAACCCAUCCCCCAUCCAGCCAACCUCACCCAUCCAGCCUCCAUUCCCCAGCCAGCACCCAUCCCCCAUCCAGCCUCCAUCCCCCAGCCAGCAAACAUCGCUGACAGAAUGGGCAGCAGAGGCCCCGGAGCCACUAGAGGGAGGUGUCCAACUGGCAGAGGAGAAUGUUGCCAUUGGAGAUCCCACAAGCCUGUGAUCAGAGUGUGAUUGACAGGAAGUGGGUAUUUCUGGGCGGAAACUGGCCGUCUUCUUGGAGUGUGCGGAAAAACGCAGGCGUGCCAGGAAAAGACACGGGAGUGUCUGGAGAAACGGGGGAGUUGCUGGCCGAACGCAGGGCGUGUUUGUGACGUCAAACCAGGAAUGAAACGGACUGAGCUGAUCACAAUCUGGGAUGGUUAUUCAGUAUCUGUGCCUCCACCCAAGCUAAAUAUUUGGGCUUGCCUGGGAUCUCCGGAUGAAAUUCCAAAUCACAUCAACAUACAUGGGAGAAUAAUGAUCAAAUAUCUCCAAUGAACCACUACUCUCUUCAUCUAGAACAGCACUGUCAUACUCAACAGGAUCUAUACAGGAUCUCCGGAUGAAAUUCCAAAUCACAUCAACAUACAUGGAUUCCUUUUGUGCUAUAUAUAUUGGAAUCUUUGAAGUACAAGGCCAGUGUAAGAAGAUAUAAGGAAAACUAUGAAGCUUAUAGCGUCUUUCCUGAUUUUGCUAGUUGUGAACAAAGUGAUGCCUCAAAAUAAACGUGCAAAUAAAGUUAGUUUGAAGACAACAGUUCAGGGAAGAGCAAUUCCUCAGCCAGUCCUUGAAGAAUUCCCUGUGUCUAUCCAUGGAGUAUCUCCAGUUAACCUAUCUUCACUGGAACAUACAUUGGUUCUAUCAAGAGGCCCAACACUGGCACCGCUGCAUGAGCAGAAAGCAUCUGAAGACAUGAAGCUCCACCUGCUGAAGAACACAUUGGUGACCUGUAAUGACGGGACCACGGCAGGGUAUUACAUACGAGAAUCCAAAGCAAACAAACGAUGGAUAAUAUUUCUUGAAGGAGGGUGGUGUUGUUACAGCAAGGAGACUUGUGAUGUUAGGUAUAGGAAUGCCAAGCGUUUAAUGAGCUCCUCAGACUGGCCAAAGACCAGGAGAGGCACUGGAAUUCUGUCCCCCAGGCAGAAUGAAAACCCUCAUUGGUGGAAUCUAAACGCAGUUUUUGUGCCGUAUUGCUCAAGUGACGUCUGGAGCGGAAAUGUGUCUAAAUCUCAGAACGACUAUGCUUUCAUGGGAUCCAUAAUUAUUCAGGAGGUGAUUCGAGAUUUGAUGUCAAAAGGCAUUAAACAGGCCAAAAGUGUCAUUUUAGCUGGUUCAAGUGCUGGAGGCACCGGAGCCUUGAUCAAUAUUGACAGGGUGGCGUCUCUUGUGGAUGAGCUGACUGCUGGCACUGUCCCGGUCAGGGGCCUAGUUGAUUCCGGAUGGUUCCUUGAUACUAAACAUGCCAAAUCUGAUUGUCUGGAUGGCACCUCUUGCGCACUGACUGAUGCCAUCAAGAAAGGCUUGAAGCUGUGGAAUGGUGUACUCCCGGAUAACUGCAGGCAGCAGUAUAAGAGAGAGGACAAGUGGCAGUGUUUUUAUGGACCCAAGUCAUACACAUCAAUGAAAUCCCCUAUCUUUGUGGUUCAGUGGCUCUAUGAUGUGGAACAGCUAAGAAUAGAAAACAUCCAGCCGGACUUCCAAUUCAUGACAGCAAAUCAGUGGAACAACAUACAAAGCAUUGGAAGAGAACUUAAGAAAUCUCUGCGUGAAGUCCCGGCAGUGUUUGCUCCAGCCUGCUUCUCCCACACACUUAUUACCAAAAGCAAUUGGUUGGAGUAUCAGGUGAAGGGAGUGAGCUUAGCUCGAGCAUUACAAUGCUGGGAGAAAAGCCUUCAAGAACGAAGGGGACCCAAGACUGCUAUCCGUGGAUGUCCCUUUCAUUUGAUAGACAACUGUCAAUGGCCUCACUGCAACCCCACAUGCCCAGCCCUUCAUGAUCCUGUGACAGGCCAGGAAGUGACAUUAUUACAGAUGUUCCUCAGGCUGAACCUGGAAAACCAGAAGAGAGGGCAAGAGCCCAAAGGAGACCUAAAUCAGCUAAUGGCAAUGCUGAGACACAGUGGUUAAUGAGAGUACUAGGUCAUAUGCUUAUCAGUUAUUUAUAAUGACCAGCCCAUAUCCAUAGCAAACCCCCCCCCCCCCUCCCCCCAUCCUGUUUAGACACUAUGUGCGGAAAGAAAGGAGCCCCGAUUAUAAUGUAGCGUCUGAGGCUAAGUAAUAAUGUAGAGUCUUGGGAUAAGUACAUAAGUAUACAAGGCAGUUUUACUCUGCUCACUAUGCUCGGUCCAUUUUGUGGUAGACAGAGAAGAUACACACACUGGGGGGAUUCUGAGCUGGGAGCAAAGCAAAAAAAAGCAAGUCAUUUUGUAUCUGGAACAAACCAUGUUGCAAUGCAAGGGAUGUGAAUACAUUUAUUUUUUGCAUGCAGGGUUAAUACUGGCUGCUUUUGCAUGUAGCCUACAAUUGCUGGGCAGCUUUAUUUGUACACAGCAAUUUAGAUAAGAGCUAGGACAUGACCCUCCGAAAUCUAAAUCUCUCUGCACGUGUUACAUCUGCCCCACCUGAAGGGCAGCAUGGUUUUUCCAAGGUGCAAAGUUACUUGCUCUUCUUCGCCUUACCCCCAAAUCAGCAUCAGUCCCCAUAUGUCAGUGUCACUGAGUGGAUUGUGGGCACCCUUGGCAAUCCCCUUUGUGGUCCAUCUUGAUCACCCUUCACUUCGUGCUUUGUGUGGAGUGAGGCAGCAACUUCUAUUAUUGAGGAUGUGGCCCUUGGCUGUGAUAUUAUAGCUCAGUGCCAAGUCCCCAGUUCAGUACAAGCAUGGAGGAUAAUCACCCACAGACCCAGAAGUGGCCGCGACUACUGGCGGUCGCCCAUCUGCGACUAUGCAAACAUCGUUACAAAGCCCUUCCUUGGUGUACAUCUGUGUGUCCGACUGAGCAGGGACUGAGACGCCCACUGUCAUCAUCCAUAGACACUGAAAUACCGAUUGGUCCAUCUUUGGAACUUGCAGCAGCCAUAUGGCAAGUGCAGUUUCUCUGGCCAAGUAUGGCCUCCUCAGUGUCUGUGUACACAACCACUGUCACAUAUGCACCGCAACACUCCCAUAGCAUGCCCAUAAGAUGGACCAUCUCUGUGUUUAUCCACCUCCCAGUAACCGCCCAGGAAUGCCUGGAGCUUUUCCAAGACAUUUCUGAUACUGUGCGUCUCAAUCGCAACAGCCCUUGUGUGUCUACAAACUGUGUACCGCAUGUGCCUCAGGAGUUUUAAGGCUUUUGCAAACUCGCAGUAGUAAACAAAUUGCACAAUGGUGUGAACAUCGGCAUUGUGUGUGACUAAGCAUCAGGCCCAGAGUGAUUGCCUCCUACAACCUGACAAUACAGAAAUGCCUUUGAACACUAGUUUCUGUCAGUUAAAAAGGGCUGAAGUAGGGACAGCAAUCAUCCAUCAAUGGUUAUCAACCAUUAAUGGGUUGUCACAGAUGAUGUUUUUGUCAUUGAUGGUGGAUAGUACAGGGGGGGGGGGGGGGGAAUGGUGCUUAGCCCUGUUCCCAACAGCCCACUAAGCCUUCUCCUUUCCCUGACUAGCCUUCACAUGCUAUUUCCUCAACAGGCAUGUCCAUUGAUGGAUGCAAGCAUCGAUCGUUCUCCGUCAAUGGAUUCAUGCCAUGAAUGUUAAUCAUCAACGGCCAUCUCUAGGUUGAAGGGGAAGAAAUUACAUUUACUAUAUGAAGAAGCCAGUAUGCAAGAGUUACUAAUUUUCUCAACAGAAUUCAAAUCCCUAGUGCCCUUUUGUAAUGUCGAAGUAAAUGUAAUGUCGCCUCCCUCUGCAGUGGCUGCAGCAGUCAGAUGUUUGUCUCUCUAUUACAUAAGGAGCACAUCAUGCUGCAUGGUACACAUCAUUUUUGCCUGUGCAGUACAUGAGACAGGGCGAAGCAUCGAUAGCCAUUUUUGGGCUGCCAUGAGCAAAUCACUAAUUGACAUGACGGAUACAAUCAUCAUGAUGAGCGGACUCUCGCAAUUAUCCUAUGUGUAUCAACAAAUAUGAGUUGUCUAAUUCACACAAGCCAGAUAAAAGAUAAUUGCUAAUUGGUUGUGUACCUAAAUGCAAUGUUAGUAAGGCAGCAGUACUAUAUUCAGAUAUUCUGUUUAUACGUUAAUUUGAUUUCAACUAUGAUAGUUUUCCACUGAUAAAUGUAAUUAACAAUAAUUAAUAUUAAUGUUCAAUUUAAUUGUCAAGAUAUUGCUGUUCUU